AUGUCUCUUUACACUCUUUUCGCUGCGGCCCUUGUCGCUCAGUUCGCAAACGCGUACACCGUCAUCCAGAUCCCUCCUCCUUUUAUGGAGAAGAACAUUGAUCCCAUUGUCUUCCCUGGCGAGUUCGAUAAGUCGCAUCUCCACUCUUUCUACGGCUCCGACGCCGUCGUCGCCAGCACAAAGACCAGUGCUGAACUCCAAAAGGGUUGCACCAGCGCCGAGAACCCCAACGAUCUGUCCACGUACUGGGUCCCUACUUUCCUCUACACCAAGGAUGGCAAAAACUACGAGCCCGUCCCCGUCUUCCGCUUCAGCGCAUACUACAACCUGGGCGAGACCCCUGCCGAGGUCGCUAUCCCACAAGACUUGAUGAUGGUUGCUGGCAAGGCCGGCGCCAUGACCAAGGACGCCAUGGACGUCAACGCAAAGGCCGAGUGGGCCUGCGAAAGCGAGAGCGUCGCCCUCGACGCCAACGGUUUCCCUUCCAAGACCUGCGGCACCCACGUUCAGCAACUCCUCUACUUUCCCCAAUGCGUCAACGAGCAGACCCUCGAGACCGGUUACAAGAGCCGCGAGAACGGCACACCUAACUGGUGCCCUGCUGGCAUGAAGUCCAUGCCCCAGCUCCGCUUCUCCAUCCGCUACGAUCUCCGCAAGGCCCUGCCUAAUGGCUGGUCUGGAACCGCGCCUUUCAAGCUGGCAUGCGGACCUGCGUGGUGCUCGCACGGUGACUUCAUCAACGGUUGGGUUCCCGAGGCUGCUGAGAACAUGGUCGGCACGACCAGCGAGAAGCAGCACUUUGCUCCUGUCAACGGUCCUCUUGGAAACUACGAUGCUGGCUCUACUUGCAAGUCUGCUGAUGCUGACCCUAGCCACGGUACCAGCAACUACGCUGAGAGUGUUGCUGCCAUGGCUAAGCGCAGCGUUGGCGCUUGGGGCUGGGAGACUAGGUCCAGGCUCGCUCGCCUGGUCAAGGGCGCUUAG